UAACCUUGGGCCUUCUGCCUUGAGGUUACGUGCGCGUCUGAAGCUAAGGCGAAGCGGAAGUCUCGUAAAUUGUGACGGCCCCUGUAAUUUCAGCCUAUAAAAUACCUGCAUACUAAUGGCUUGACCUCCCUCACUGCAACAAGUUCCAUAAUGUUCACUUCCCGUUUCGCCAUCACUGCGCUAUUCGCCUUCCUCGCUGGUGCCAACGCGUCAUGUUCAGCAUGUGAUAAUACUUUGGAAGUCGAUGGUGUGGCGCUUUACACGCUAGCCAACAGCACUGUUGAGACCAACGGGUACACACUUUGCACUUACACUAAUUCUAAGUUGGGCACUAAGGUGACCUGCGAGUAUUCGGACGCCGGCAUAUACGAAGAUGGGGAUGAUUUGUGUCCGCAUAUGGCAAGGGUGCAUACGCAUGGAUGCUAAGCAGGAUGUAAAGUGGAAACAGCUGGACGGGAUUAGCAUUUUUUUUUCUGCAGACAGCUGGGCACAUCAUUAGAUUCCAUCCGUUACAGGAAUUCCUUCCAUUAUCUUAAAUCAACCGCUUCUAAUAGUCGAUCUCAUUAAGCGCUUAUCUCAUUCAGG